CAAGUUUCGUGGGUAGAGGAGGCACUAGAUACUGUGCCAGAUCGGGGUCUGGUAGUGGCAGUUGGGUGAUUACGACGGAGUGGGAUGGGCCUCCUCGACAAGCUGUGGGACGACACCGUCGCGGGCCCGCGCCCGGACACCGGCCUCGGCCGCCUCCGCAAGCAGCCCGCGCGCCCCGCCGCCGUUAAGAUCAGUGAUCCGGCCGGGGACGCUGCAGCGCUCGUGCCGCCCUCGCCGGCUUCGGGUAGCGAGGAGACGCCGGUGAAGGUGACGCGCAGCAUCAUGAUCAAGCGUCCCGCGGGGUACCCGUCUUCGCCGAGGAGCGCGGCAAGCACGCCGCCGGCCUCUCCACUAGGGACUACCCCGCCCAUCUCGCCGUUUGCCGGCGCUGGUGGUCGCUUCAGAAGGAAAUCAUCAUCCGACGCAUAUGAGAGGGCAACCCCUCCAGGGACGACCAGCCACCCUCCUCCCUUCGAAGUGUGAACCGGCUGCACCCUCACACUUGUUUUGCUCCUUGACAAGCAUCUCUUCACCUAUAAUAAGGUAGAGGCAGGGAGGAGAGAAGACGACAUCAAGAGGGGAACGGGGAUGAGUUGCGGGUUUACCUCUGCUGUGAUAUAUUGUAGGUGCCACUAUGUGUAUUGUUCCCCCCUAUCUACUACGUGGCAUAGGUUGUAUUCUAGUAUGUUGAAAGCUCAUGGUGCCGUGCUGUAUCAAUAAGGUGUUAUGCGCAUAGAGUGGCUCAGGACCAGGGCUGCGUUUGCGCUUUGCCACUGGCUGUGUUGUAUGUUUCUUCUGCUGCUAUGCCAUUAGGGUUUAGGGAUGGUGUGUGGAUGGCGUCGUGCUUGUAGUGUUAGCUGGGUUUGAAGCGGACUACAUGUAGGUUUGUUCAAUGUCUGGUAUCUAUUAGCUGAAGGUGUUUGCCUGU